AUGGCAGCGUCCAGCUGCUACAAGGAAUUGACUUUCGAAAACCAGCACUCGGAUGUUUGGUACUUGACACAAUGGGUGUCGAUUUGGCAGUUUUUGAUCUCUUUCAUCUACAUGCCUCUCUUGGUGUUGCCGGGUUUCAGCAGCAAACAGGGAAUGUCGUUCGCAGAAGUUGUGGACUCUUUUGUUGAUGGCUGGACUUGCUACAGUCAGCAGGAUCCAGACUGUGCCAGAGGUGGUGCGUUCCUGCUACUAACAGGCUACUGUGGUGUCAACGUUUGCUUCAACACACUGGGACUGUACCUCACGAAGCAUGGCAGCGCAGUUCUAAAUGCUUUAAGCUACUCGAUCUUGUUGCCAUUUACCACGGCCCUUUUCUUCACGCCUUUGCUUGGUCCAUAUCAGGAACCACUGACGCGCGAUGCAUACUUCACUUUCAUUGGCCUGGUGGUUACCUUGUUUGGCUUCGCCAUCUACCAGCUGUACAGUCAGCAAGUGGGAGAAUCGCGACGUGUGCCUUCGACACCCCUCCUGUCGCCAACACCUGCUUGCCCUUCAGCGUCCCUGCUGGAGGAGUUCCUGGAGUCUCCUCAAACACCCUCCGUUUGCCAGCCUUCCUUCCAGGAGCGCGUGGUCAUGGCACCUGUAAAUCCUGUAAGGAAAAACUCGGGAGGGCUUGCAUGA